AUGGACACAUCACGUCGCUCUACAAGUCCCCAACCCGCAGCUUCGAGUGGCAGCAAGCAAGACCUCCUCUGGGACAUCCUCAUCUUUCACUCGCCAAGCAGAUCCAUCGCUACUGGCCAAGGCCUCUUCAGCAAAGACUUCGCCGCGCCUCCCAAUGAAACUACAACCAGAGAUGCCACCUCCAUGGCUCGACCUACUCAGUCGACAGUCCAGAACAUUACUCCUGCAGAUGGCUUCCAGAGUUCUGUGGGCCCGUCGUUUGCAAGGCCUCCUCUUCCCACUCCAGCCACAACUAUGUCUGCAAUCCCUGCAACGCCUGGCCAACAACCCGCCUUUAUGCCUGGAGUUGCGCAGUUUCACACACCGGCUGAUCCGAACUAUAUGGCCUUCAAUGAUCAAAACCUUGCUGCCAUUACCGAAUUCUUGGAUCAAAACUCAGGAAGGAUGUUCAAUGAAUGGUGGGACUUCGGAGAUCUGUAG